AUGCCGGCCGGUCCCAUGGACGCUUUGGAGGCCUUCUCCCAUCUCUCGAAAAAUUUACCGCAAUGGAUCACGCGGUUGUCUGAGCUGGCCACCUACACCGCCGCCAAGCAUGCCGAAUAUGCCGAGGACUUCAAGAAACAUGCCGUGGCGAAGCCACGUCGUCGCAAGAACAGCUCGAUCUACUCCAUCCGCACCGACGAGGGUGUGCCAGAUGGCUCGACUCCAGCGGCCAUCGACUCGAAGAACAAUCCUUCCCGCAUUCCCCGAAAGCGCGGAACUGACGAAGCCUCGAUCGAUGAUGAUGAUCACUAUUCGUAUGUGAGCGCGCGACACAACCUGAUCAUCCAGUAUGACGGCCACACCCAGAAGUCUUUGGAGGAAAUGGUACGACACAUUGGAACGGCGAGGAACAACAUCCGUCGGGGCCGCAUGUCGCAGCUUCCGCUCGGGGGGUUUAGCAGCGGCGCGGGCGCAUUCGGACGGAGCGCACGACGGAAUGAAGGACCGCGAUUAAUGUCCUCGACGGCAGAUGUUUCGGAAGACCAACUACUCUCGAACAUUCGCAGUGCCCGAGCUCAAAAGUUGCCCGGACCUAGCAUGACAAUUCCAAAAGACUCUUCCUUCGACGUCGCAGAAAAACAUCUGGAGCUCGCCCACAGCAUGUGUGAAACCGCUGCAUAUCAGGUUUUGCGCUCGGGUGAUUGCUCGAGUCAACUGGGUAGCGUUGAAGAUAAAUUCAAGAGCUUGCUGGAUCUGGCCAACAAGGAGGUCAAGCGUCUCGAGGCUGAACAGAGCAACACGGAGUCUGAAGAUGAAGCGGAAGCGGAAGCAGAAGAGCUUGCGCCGGUCAAGACGGAAGACCGACCACCCGCCUUCAGCGGAGAGAUCGAGGUCGACGACGGUUCUGAGUCCGUGGAGUCAUUGGACCUGACGGCUUUCCGAGCCACCCGGCUGAGGCGCUGCUAA